UUCGUUUUGCUUAUUAGGGUUUCAGUCGCUUCCUGCACGCACGCCACACACACCGAUUCACCGGAGAAAGGCGGAGGAAAAUGCCGGCCGGCCAUGGAUUGAGGUCUCGUACGAGAGAUUCAUUCUCUCGUGCAUUCAGAAAGAAGGGUACAAUCCACCUAUCAACGUACCUGAGGAUCUUCAAAAUCGGUGAUUAUGUUGAUAUCAAAGUGAACGGUGCAAUUCACAAGGGAAUGCCACACAAGUUCUAUCACGGCCGUACUGGACGUGUCUGGAACGUUACCAAACGCGCCGUCGGUGUUGAAGUUAACAAGCAGGUUCGUGAUCGUAUCCUAAGGAAGAGGAUCCACGUUAGGAUUGAACAUGUUCAGGCUUCCCGAUGCACUGAAGAAGUUAAAGAAAGGAUCAAGAAGAACGACCAGCUAAAGGCUGAGGCCAAGGCCAGAGGAGAGGUUGUCAGCACAAAAAGACAACCCGCAGGACCCAAACCAGGAUUCAUGGUUGAAGGCACUACAUUGGAGACGGUUACCCCCAUACCAUAUGAUGUGGUCAAUGAUUUGAAGGGAGGCUAUUGAUUUUUUACUUUGUUUAUGAGCUGGUGAUCGUUUACGUUCUUUUAUGAAAUUGAAAGACAAGAUUAGUUUAAUCUGGUGUCACCUCAGACUCUUGGUUAUAUUUAUAAAUUUUGUUUACAAUAUGAA